AUGGAUGAGACACAAAUUAUAUGCUAUUGUCGAUUUGAUGGGAAAAUUGACAAAAAUGAGAAUGGGGAAAUUAUAUACAUCGGCGGUGUCACGGACCCUUUUAUGAUAACAACAACAACAACAUACGAAUCAUUUAUAAAUGAGUUACAACAACGUUCAUCUUCAAACAUGAAUGGUAAAGUCAUAUAUUAUACCACCGAAUCUAACAAGAAUGAACUUUUGAGGAUGACGGGAGAAUCUGGAUUUAGAGUGAUGCUUGUAGUGAGUGGUCCCAUGCUAAAUGUGUAUAUGGAAGAUGUAGAGCCUGUAAUUGCAUCAUGCACAAUUCCUACUGAUCAUAGUGAGAGACAAUUUGUUGAAGCCACAUCGCCAAUUGGUCUUCUACAAAGUGUUGCGUCAACGUCUUCAUUUCCUCCGAUAAAUGCGCAUCGGGAUUCUUUCCGACACAUUGAUGACAUUCUUUGCGUGGAUCAGCUUUUUGACAGCCCAAAUGAUUUCAAAGAUGCACUCGUUUUGUUUGGUCUUCGUAAUCAUUUUCGGUUCAAGUACUUGGACAAUAGCAGAAAAUAUUAUAGAGUUGUGUGCGAGGUUAAUAAUUGUCCAUGGAAAUUAUCAGCUGGUUGUGAAGGAAGUGGUGAUAUAGUGAGAAUCAAGCGGUUUAAUAAUGUUCACACUCACACUGCUCAAGACAUUUCAGAUUAUAAAGCCAUUUUUUGGUCGAAGGAAAUGGGUCGAGCUAUUGUGAACAAGGUUAGGGACAAUCCUAAAUGCACCCCCAAGACUAUUUCCACAGACAUAAACGGUGAAUUUUCUGCUAAAAUGACUUACAUGCAAUCGUGGAGAGCUAAGGAGUGUGCACGUCAUAUCAUUGAGGGAAAUCCCAAGGAUAGCUAUAUUUUAGUCCCGUGGUUGUGUGAACGAAUAGCAGAAUAUAUUCCUGGGACAAUUACAUCGUGGGAGUGCACGGAUGAUAGGAGAUUUAAGCGAGUGUUUGUAGCUUAUGGGUGCUCCAUACGAGGUUUCAUCAACUAUUGCAGGCCCAUGUUAGCAAUCGAUGCUUGCCACUUGAGUGGCAAUUAUAAAGGAACAAUGCUUGGUGCAACGGGGUUCGAUGCGAAUGAUGGCUUGUGGCCUUUGGCGUAUGCUGUUGUUUCUUCUGAGAAUGAUGAUGAUUGGCAUUGGUUCUUGAGCAAGGUGAAAGAGAUUCUAGAUGGUCGCAUUGUGACAAUCUUAACCGACAGGCAUCCGAGCCUAAUAAGUUGUAUUAGAGAUAUUUUUGGCUCCCAGUACCACUCAUGGUGUCUUCGUCACCUAACGGCGAAUUUUUCUACAUCCAUUCUUGGGAGACAAAGUUUAGGAUUGAGGGCUUCGGGUAAAGAGCAUGCGAAAAAAUUACUCGAUAAAAUUGCAUAUGCUCGAACUGUAGAUGAGUAUAAGAAUGCAUUGGCUGCCAUGCGGGUAUUUCGAGGGGAGUUAUGCGAUUGGGUUUUGGCGAAUUCACCUGAACAUUGGUCAAAUGCUAUGUUUACUUCCAAGCGUUGGGAUAAAUUAUACACCAAUCAAGCAGAGUCCUUCAAUGCAUGGGUGAAAGAAGAGAGGGUUUUUUCAAUCACAAGGUUGAUGGAUACACACAUGCAAAGACUCAGCAAAUUUUUAUACCAAAAGAGUUUGGACGUUCAGAAGUGGACUAUCCCGGUUGGGGAUCGUAUUGAGGAGAAAAAAAAAAGAGAGCAAGAGUUAGCUCUUGGUUUUCAGUCGAUGCGUGUUUCGCCUACUGAGUGUACAAUAUAUGAUCGAGACAGAAAACCAUUCAGGGUGGUAUUUGGCAGUGAAAAUUCUUGUAGUUGUUUGAAGUGGACCAUGAGUGGGAUUCCUUGUUCACAUGCAUGCUAUGCCAUCCAUGAAUUAUCUUUAAAUAUUUAUGAGAUGGUUGAUCCAUGGUUUAGGGUUGAAACACAACAAAAACUAUGUGAACAUCUCAUGUCUUCUGUCCCCAUGCAUGAUAUGCCGAAUGCAGCUGCUGUUGCUGCUGCUAACGGUGAAGGUGUUUCCCAUCUUAGGCCUCCUGCGGUAACACGUCCCCUUGGACGACCUCGUAUUAAACGAAUCGAAUCACAAUUUCAAAAUGUAAGGUCGUUACACUGUUCGCGAUGCGGCGAGAAUGGUCAUAAUCGUCGAAAGUGCAAGGCUCCUAUACCUGGAUAG